AUGAAGUCAAUCUCAUUUUUUGUGGAACCGUCGGGGCUCGACCAGGUCCACUUCCUGUGGGGCCGCUUCUGGAAGAAAGAGUUCAUCAUAAAGAGUCCCUCUUUCUCCAUGAAGUCGGCCAGCUGCUGGCCCCUUGGGUUCCAGGAAGAGUGCGAGGAGAGCACGAGCCUCCCAGUGCCUUACCGGCCCGAGCCGCCCGCUGCCCUGGCGCGCGCCUCCCGGUUCUCUCCGCACGAGAUCAAGCUCAUGUACCGCGGCUUUAAACAGGAGUGCCCGACAGGAAUGGUGGAUGAAGAGUCCUUCAAGAACAUAUUCUCACAGUUCUUCCACCUCGGAGAUGCGUCGCAAUACGCGCAUUUCGUGUUCAACGUCGUAAAACACAAGCAUGGAGGCAAAUUAAGUUUCGAGGUAAGUUUACUUGUGUUACUUGUAAAUUGUGAUAUUCGGCGUUCUGUGAAAUGCCUAAAUAUUUGGGCAUACCUAGAAAAUAAAUAA